AUGGGCGGCUUACCUGACCACAAAACCAAAGCCAACCGCAGGGAUAUCUUGGAGUUCUGGGGGUUUGAGGGCACCGUCGACUGCACCUUGGACCUUCAAUCCUUUACCGACAAGGACUGGCGCAGGCCCGAGCUUGAGGGCAGGGAUGAAGGCGAGGAGAAGCCUAACGCUUUAGCACAUUGCAAAGACGACCCGUUCGAGACCGUGGAGCACGUGGCCGGUUACCUGGGCCCCGUCCCGGAGCACUGCGUGCCCGCCAUGGACGAGUACAAUAACCUCAUCAAGGACGGGUACAGCCGCAAGUUCGGCAUGUACGCCGACGCCGUCGCCCGGAGCGGCAACAAGGCGGCGCGCGGCUUCAAGUGCAAAAACGGGAACAAGUACUUUGAUUUUAGCGUUAUAUUGCAAAUGUCGUGCUGCAAAAACUGCUUGCACUAUUGCCCGGGGAGAGCAGGCGCAAGCAGUUUUGGGCCGACCUCUUUCGCCAGCUUCGGCAUCAAAAACAUUACGUGGGAGGACGUCGAGCGCCAGGUGUACAACCCCCCGCGGGACGAGAACUGCCGCAACUUAAACUGCUACUGGAACUUUCCCGUCACCGACUAUAGCAGGGACAACGAGCUAAACCCCAAGGACGUGGUCGAAAAGGCUUACAAGGAACAGCAGGGUUUCGUCCAGAACCCGCUUAAAGCCGUUGGGCAGAUGCAGGAGAAUACGUAUACGGUUUUGGCCAUUAACUUUGUCAACGCCGUAUCCGUAUCCGCCUUUAUGGUACGGGAAGCCGUGGGCUCCAUAAACAAAAUUUCGGAUAUGGUCGACAAGUGGGAAAAGAACCGGCGCAAAAUACCAUCCUUUUCUUUUUUAGCGCCAUUUUUUUUUCGUUCCCGUACUGGGCCAACCGGCCGGUAUUACCGCAAGCCUGGCCAAUAUAGCCGCAUCCCGGCCAUAAUCGGCGCCGCGGCCGAAACCGCUAUCGGCAUAUACUCGGUUAUCGAUAGCGAGGGUAACGACCCUAUGGCCAUUUUCGGGCUCGUGCCGGCCCUUACCGGCUACCUUCGACGCCGCCCAAGAUUUGCGCGCCGUUAG